AAUAGAAAAAACCAAAAGAAAGAAAAAGGAAAAGAAAAGAAAUUCCUGUGAAUUGAAAAUUGUAAGAAAAAUCAAGGGCCUCUGUUUCAGAGUUUUCCUCUAUCUUCUUCUUCUUCUUCUGCAUCAUCAACUAGUCAAUCUUGAAUCUCCAUCUCUCAUCCAUCUACCCUUCUGCUUCUGUUGUCAGAGAGAUAGAAUCAAUCUGUCUGUCUCUUUCACAUACCAAAAACAAACAGACAAAAGAAAAAAGAAAUGGAAAUAUAAAGUGGAGAGAAAAUGGAAACAAUGAAAUGUAAUAAUCUUCAACCAACAUAACCAGUUAUUUAAGCAAUCCCAUUUACAGAAACGAAUUAAAAGAUUUGUGCGUUACAUUUGUUGCCGGUAACCUGAAUAAGGAAUUUCUCUCUUGCCGAUUAGGGACUGAUAAUUUCACUGCUGCAGAAACUGGCAAACACCAAGUCAUCAUAACAGAUGCGCGUUAUGAUGCCUGUUUCCCGGAAGACGGUAAUGGCUAUGAAGUCUUACCAAACCCAGGCUGAGGGUUUGGUUAGAACUUACUUGCUAGCAGAUCCUGUCAUUCCAUACACCGCUGUCUUCAGUGGUGUCCUAGCUUGCAAAAUGGGUUAUGAUAUUACCCAGGUGAUAAGUUCCGGUUAUUCUAAGACCUACGCAACCCUUACGAAAAUCCAAAAGAUCGAGUGGAACAACAGGGGUAUCUCUACUAUUCAUGCCAUAUUCAUCACAACAAUGUCAUUGUACUUCGUGUUCUUUGCAGAACUGUUUUCCGACCGUUCAAUUACUGGCCUUGUUACAUUCCGCAGCUCCCCACUUUCUAAUUUUGCACUGGGGGUUUCUGUUGGGUACUUCAUUGCGGACCUUGCAAUGAUAUUUUGGCUGUAUCCUUCUUUAGGUGGGAUGGAGUAUGUUCUCCAUCAUCUUCUUUCUUUAAUUGCGGUAGCAUACUCUAUGCUAUCUGGAGAGGGUCAGCUUUACACAUACAUGGUUUUGAUCUCAGAGACUACGACCCCAGGAAUAAAUCUGAGAUGGUACCUUGACACAGCUGGUAUGAAGAGAUCGACUGCUUAUCUCAUUAAUGGAAUUGUUAUAUUCUUUUCUUGGCUGGUUGCCAGGGUUCUUCUCUUUGUUUACCUGUUUUACCACGUGUACCUGCAUUUUCAUCAGGUCGAACAGAUGCACCCAGUUGGACUGUUCUUGGUCUUUGUGGUACCAGCAGUUUUGGCUACAAUGAACUUGAUGUGGUUUGGGAAGAUCCUCAAGGGAUUGAAGAAGACGUUAGCGAAAAGGCAGUGAUUUUUUUUUUUUUUAUACAUAGAUAUUAUUAUGGUUGUUGUAACAUCCUGGUCAUAUUCUUCUCUCUGUCUUUACUGUAUAAAUACAAGAGAGGGAAAGAAGAUAAAGUUUUUUUUUUUUCUAUUUUGAUUCAUUAGGAAUCAGAAUUGUUGUAAAUGAGUCGAAGCAAAAGAAAAACGAAAUUCGGAUAACCAAAAAACCAUCUUAAAUCUGUGUAUUUCACAUAGUAAUUCAGCAUUCUUUCGGAA